AAUUUAAAACUUAUUGGCGAGUUUAAUAUUAAAAAUAAGAUGUUUUGAUGUUGAAGAAAAAAAGCUGUCGGAUUCGCCAGUUACAUAAGCGCCACCCGGGCGACAGUUACAUAACCUAUCUGAACUUAAAAUAAACAGUUCAAACUCAAGAAAGCAUAGCCCAAAGGCUAUGUCUGGCGGUGGUGAUAAGUGGGCGGGUACUGAGAUACGAGUCCAUUUUAAGGUUCACUUAACCGGGGGAGGCACCGCCAGACUGGCGCACGUAAACUUGUGGUGUUUUGUUCGUAUAUAAGACGGUAAUAUUUUGUCGCCAAAUCAGAAUAUAAAAAACACUGAUAUAUAGAAUAUACGUGUGAAUACUAGACUGUAUAUUGCAUGCAAUCAGAUAUACCUUGAAUCGUCAUGAAAGAUUUGCAAUACAGAGGCGAAUUUGAAAAAUUCAGGACCAACAUUACAGUUGAACUGGUUGAUGUUUUUGAGACGAAUACUUUCAUCUUUCUUAUUUUUGAAUUACUACGUAAAGGGGAACUGUUCGACUACCUCACAGAAGUUGUGAAAUUUAACGAGAAGCAGACGAGAUCAACUAUGCAAUCAUUAUUAGAAUCAGUUUCUUAUCUUCACAAUAGGAAUAUAGUUCAUCGUGAUUUGAAGCCUGAAAAUAUUCUUCUCGACGAUAAUCUUAAAUUACAUUUAUCGGACUUCGGGUUCGCCGUUGUUUUACAAGAAGAACAAUGUCUGAGAGAUUUGUGUGGAACUCCCGGUUACAUGUCACCUGAAAUGCUCAAGUGUUCGGUAGAUGAACGUAACCCGGGAUAUGGGCGUGAAAUAGAUAUGUGGGCUUGCGGAGUCAUUAUGUAUUCAUUAUUAGCAGGUGUUCCUCCUUUCUGGCACAGAAAACAAAUGAUUAUGUUCAGAAGAAUUAUGGAAGGAAAAUUUUCAUUUCCUAGUCCAGACUGGGAUGAUAUUUCAGAACCUGCAAAAGAUUUGAUUGAAAGACUAUUAGAAGUUGAUCCCUCACAAAGACUGACGGCAGUCGAAGCUCUUCAACAUUCAUUUUUUCAACACGUUGACGAAAGCAGCAGAUAUUUUAGUAAAGCUUUCAGAGCGAAACAUAAAUUUCGAGUUGCUGUUCUCACUGUCAUGGCGUCGGGACGAAUCGUACGCAUGUAUCAAAACCACCGCAAAUCACUGUGUGAAAGAGCAAAAUGUGAUCCUUACUCUAUCAAACCCCUACGUAAGCUUAUAGACGCUUCUUCAUUCGCCGUUUACGGACACUGGGUUAAAAAAUCUGCCGAUCAAAACAGAGCAAUGCUUUUUGAAAACUACUCACGGGUUGAUCAAAGACGACUCGCAAGUCUCGAAGCAGACAUGGGUGACCAAAGGACGACACCUAGCGAAUGUUUUCAAGAUGAGGAAGAAGAAUUCAAUUUGAGACUUCGUCGAGUUUCAACUUCACUGUCGUUCGAAAACGCGAAUUACGAACGCGAUGUCCGAUUGCAUUAAUAUAACUCCACUUGUUACUUUUUUUUCGUUUUUGUUCCAAUGGGAAAUAUUUAUUGCUUUUUUGCAUGGUGGAACACUUUUCUGUUCAGUCCGUGUCAAGCUAAUUUAUUUUGUUUACACUGUAGAUAACGAUGGUUACUUUUCAAAUUUUAGUAUCAAUUGUCCGGCAACUUUUAAGAUUAGGAUAAUAGCUAAUACCUUAGAAAGAAUGAAACGUAUAAUAUCAUGACGAAUUUUCAUUUUUCCAUCGCCACUUUGAACCUCGUGUCUUUUAGUUCAAUUCCUGUGUCAUGAGAAAAUAGGUCAUUAAGUCGGCGGCAAAUGGUGCACGGCCUUGUCAAGUUUUUGUUAACGUACAUACCGGUAGUCAUUCUUUGGGUUACGAUAUCUACCUCUUUGAUUGGCCGAAUUCAAACUAGGAAGAACACAUUUUUAAACGGACAUGUAGAAAAAAAACGAGUAUGCUAGGAGUAGGCGUUCAAAAAUGGCAAUGAAAUAUGUCUUCAAUUUUUGAAUUCGUUUCGUUUUAUUUUUUUAUGAGCUAUGCCACUAGCCAAAUUUUUUUAGUUGUUUUAUUAGAUCAAUUUUCAUACUCUCUGCUGCUUUUAGGAAAAAUGAGAUUUUUCCAACUAGAACGAAUUUUGAUGUAUUUUUGCAUUUCCCAAGUUAGACACAAUUUAUUGCAUGCCAUUUCUUUUUUAUUUCAAGACGGUAAAAAAUUUUUUCAUGCUAUUUUGUCUUCUAUUUCAAUGUCACCAUCCCAGGCAAUGCUCACAAAAACUUGCCUCAUUGUAAGCAUGAAAACUGAUGUCGGAAAACUAAUAUUAUGUACAUUUCUGUUAUUUCUGCCUGCUAUUCAGACAGAAUCUUCAAACUUUUUUUCACUUAAUUGGUUAAAAAUACGAUACUAGCAGAAAUAAAAGAUGCUUUUCAUUGUGCAAUUCACUUGGGGUCUCGCUAUCUUUAUAAGAUAACGGAGUUACAAAUUCUUUUGCAUGUUAUCAUUUCAUCAUCCAAUGUUUGAUUAACCACUAAAGUGUAUUUUUGAUGGUAUUUAUUGGCCAGAGCAAACUAGUUUUAUACUGAGCUCAUUUUUCAUUUAUUUUGCCACCCAACACUAUGUGAAAAUACUAUUUGUAUAUUUAUUGUCCAGCGAUGCUUGGUAUCAUUCUAAUUGGAAUUAAAUGAAAUCAUUGUUUGUCUAUGUUUUGAAGCUGAAUGGAAAACCAUUUUUCCAAAGUAUUUUAAAUUGAUUUGCAUUAUGUACACCAUAACGCUUGCUUAUUCGGAAAUAUCUAACUAAUAUGAACCUGACAAUAAUUUAUAAAUUGUAUUCAAUUAUCUAUAUUUACAUAUUUUUCGCGCGAGUCUUUAUAUUUAUUUUUUUGACAUAUCCUGCAUGUUUUCACGGUCUAAACGUAAAAAUUCAAAUUAAAAUACGCCAGUAAAAA